UUAUGGGAAUCUCAAUAGGGCGGCUUUGUAGACGAUCAAUUAGCAAACAUUCUUAACGCGAUUUUAUAGAAGAUACAUGGAUAAGAGUAUGGAAGGUCAAGGUAGCAGUAAAGCUAAACCAAGAGAGGCUAAAGAAAGUGAGAAGUCACAGGUUAAAGCCACUUCGAAAAUGCAAGAACAUUCUUUUUUAACAGACAGAACGGACGUGAAACAAAUGGAGAAAGGACUGUUAGAUCUUAUGCAUGAUUUCAAUCACGGCAAACUUUAUGCGUUUGGUAGGGACUGUACAAUCGAGAAGAUGGAUAAAGUACGCGAACUUCAGGAACAUUUGGCUCAACUUCACUUUGAACUUGAUAAUAUGACAGAGGGAUUUGGAGAUGAAGAGGAGCCAAGAAGCGGCGGCAAUCUAGAGAAAUUAAUGAAGAAUUUAGAGACUCUAAGUUCGACCGUUCAGAGCUUGCAUCAAGAAAGCUCUUCUUGAUAUGAACUGGAGAAUUAGGUGUAUCAUUAAAGACACAGUGAGAGCACAAAUUGGAGUGCUUCUUAGUACGUGCACAAAAGUGCACUUAGUAAUAAUAACAUUAUUUUGUUUGGUUGUUGGGCUUUCGAUCUACCCUGCGAGCAGAGCCUUUUUAAGCUCCUCGGAGGGUUAAAAAGAAGAAAAGAUGAAGAAAAGGCGCUGAUCACAGAGUACUUUUGAUCUGAACUUUCUUUUCAAUAUCUACUCCCAUCUGCGUUGACAAGAUAUUCUUAAGGGGGUUUACAAUCUAUUUUCAAAUUACAGUUUUCAAAGAAACAACAAAGGCCAAUUUUUGGGCAAAUUUUAAACCUUUACCAUUGAUUUAGGGUGAUAAAUUUAUGUAAUCAAGUAGAUACCAAAAUUGGGUGUACGAGACCCUGUUUGUCAGAGGGACUAGGAUUUUUCACUAAAAAUAUAGGUAGAAGGUAAUGAAUUGCAUUUAAAAAGAAUGUUGUGGUGAUGAAUAUUUAGGUACUAUAGCCAAGAACAGUAGUAAUUUAUACAGUAUCUUGUCAUUUGAUAUUGUAAUAAAUAAUGUUACUUUGUAUGGA